CUUUACUUCAGUAAGGUCAACUAUAAUGGCCUAAUCUAUAUUAACCAGCUAAUCUAUCCAGACUGUACAUAUAUACCAUCCCUAAUAAUGGACCUAACACCCUUUCUCACCUCCAUUGGCCACGAAAUCGACGAUGUCGAAGAGGAAUCCUUCCUCCUCUUCACCCAAGACAUCCCCUCUGGAAAUCUGGGCUUCAUCGACUCCCGCGCUGCAUCCAUCGAUGCGACGAUCCACGGACAAGAUUACUCAAUUCAUCAAUCGCCUACAGUUCUUUCUUCGUCGCGAGCUGGGGGGACAACGGGUGCUGUCCUCUGGAAAAUAACCCCCCUCUUCGCACAAUGGAUCUCAGCCCAACAGUCUAACCCGCUAUGGACUCACUCCCUGCUAUCAUCAACCUCCACCGUCGUCGAACUAGGCUGUGGCAUCUCACCCUUGACAGCGCUGGCUCUAUCCCCGCUCGUCUCGCAGUUUAUCGCAACAGACCAGGAAUACGUUCAGAAGCUGUUUCGGUAUAAUCUUGACGCAAAUGCAGGGGCUUCGGCUUCGGUGUCUUUGUCUAAGGGGAAGAAAGGGCGAGGGUCAGCGUCAGCGUCAGCGUCGAAGAAAAAGGGACAGAAAAAGGGAGGAGAUGCUACGCCUACUUCUGUCUCUGGGUCAGAGGCAAACUCGAACUCGAACAUCACCUUCACAUCGUUAGAUUGGGAAUUAGACGCCCCGUCUACAUUGAAAGAUGCACUUACAUCUUCACAAACGCCAGAUGACGAUCACGAAGAAGAAGAAGAUAAAGGCUUCGACCUCAUCAUCUCCUGCGACUGCAUCUACAACGACGCCCUAGUAGCCCCCUUUGUGCGCACCUGCGCGGACAUCUGUCGUCUGCGGCCCGCAUACAACCCCUCAUCCUCAUCCUCAUCCUCAUCCUCACGCAGUAAACGGAAUCCAACAAUCUGCAUAAUCGCCCAGCAGCAACGCGCACCAGACGUGUUCGAGGAAUGGCUGCAGGAGACGAUGAGGGUAUUUCGGGUGUGGAGGGUGAGCGAUGAGGUGUUGGGGGAGGGGUUGAAGUCAGGGACGGGAUAUCUGGUGCAUUUGCUUAUGCUGAAGGAGUAAUGUACAUACUACUACUCCGUAUGUAAUGUGUAAAUGUGGUGCGGCCAGUGAACUAGUCAGGCUAUGGGACGUGAUAGGGGGAUACAUUAUCUAUUGUAAUUAUUGCAUUAUUGAAUAGACUACCUUCUGCAGUACACUACAUGAGGACGGG